AUGACCUCUCCCGAUGAAGACGAACUUCAUCUGAAGGAUAAUGUGCAUGAUUUCAAUUGGGUCCCUCUGAGUUUGACACAUGUCGAAUAUCCCAAAGGUGAUUAUCUUGGAAAAUUCCUGGCUUUAAUUAGUUUAUCUCCAUUUGGUAUAAUAUCUGGCUUCAUUGCUCUAAUUCUGUUCAGAAGAGAUGUUCAUACAAUAGUAUUCUUCAUCGGCACAGUAUGCAAUGAAAUGCUUAAUUUAAUUUUAAAAAACAUUCUGUCCGAGGGAAGGCCAAUGCAAAGAGUUAAUUAUACUGAAUAUGGCAUGCCUUCGGGGCAUUCUCAGUUUUCAUGGUUCUUUGCUACGUAUAUAAUUUGUUUCGUCUGUAUCAGGUUACAUCAUAUGAACAAUAAUUCAACAUUAGAAACGGUUUGGAAAACUGUUAUUGUGUUGAGUUGUGUUUCUUUUGCUGUGGUUGUUAGUAUCAGCAGGAUCUACUUGCAGUACCACACAUGGAAGCAAGUUAUCUGUGGAACUAUUGUUGGAAUUAUGUUUGGUUCAUUUUGGUUCGGACUUACGCAUGUAGUCCUUACGCCAUACUUUCCAAUAAUUGUAUCUUGGAGAAUAUCAGAAAUUUUACUUAUACGAGAUACAACCCUUAUACCUAAUGUUCUAUGGUUUGAAUAUACAAACGCCCGGCAAGAGACUAGAGCAAGGAGUAGAAAACUGGUUUCUAUGAAAUCGCAAUGA